UAAUGCAGUCUGGGAUAUCGAAGUUUACAAGGCACAAGAAAACAAGUGGUUUGAGUUGGAAAUUAAAUUUAAUCGAUUCAUUUUGAACUUUACUGAAGUGUGACUAUUUAGAGGAGGGAUGUCCGCUCCAUGUGAAAUUCUGGAGUAUGAAGUUCAUUUGACAUCACAGGAUAUCAAGGAAGAGCCUGUUGAUCAUGUUGUUGUUAUUGAGGAUACCAAGUUUCCAUCUCAUGAGACCAUUGCUUCAAAAUUAAACAUUGAAACAAAUGUUAAAAUGACACAGACACCAGAAUAUGGAGAGCUGGAGACAGUUGCUCCAAAAAGGAAGCUAGGAGCGGAUGUAGGAAAUGGAAAACCAGCUAAGGUUCUGAAGAUUGAAGAUGAUGGUGAAGAUCAGGCUAUUGAGGAAAGGGACAACAAGCCAGAUAUAAAAUUAGAAUCAGAAAACAGUGAGACUGUGGCAUACUCUGUGGUAUUAAAGAGUGCUGACAAUGUGGAAAUCAAGGAAGAGGUGAUGGGUAGUAGCCAUCCAGAUACUGCUAACAAAGACGGAGUAGAGGUCAAAGUGGAAAUAAAGGAUGAAGACGAGGAAGAUGAUGAUUUUCAUGUUGUGGCCGAGUGGAAGUCAUCAGAUGAAAAUAGAGACAAAGAAAUUGCAGAUGAAUCUCAGAGAAGUGAUGAAAACUUGUCUGGCCUAGAUAUGAAGUGUCCAACUCCUGGAUGCGAUGGUUCUGGACACGUAACAGGGCUGUAUUCACAUCACAGAAGUUUGUCUGGAUGUCCAAAAAAGGGCACGGUUCCCCCAGAAAUUGUGGCUAUGCAUGAAAAUUUAGCCAGGUGCCCUACCCCUGGUUGUACAGGCAAAGGUCAUGUGAAUGCAAACAGAACCACUCAUAGGAGUUUAUCAGGAUGCCCCAUAGCUGCUAUGGGAAAACUCGUACAAACAACACAGCAAACGGCAAAGAAAUCAGGUCUGCACCUUGUUUUGCUCCCAAAAGAUGACGACCCCUCCAAAGCUGUGUUAGCCGCUUGCAAUGAGAAAGAGCUCAUCAGACUGGCUGCACAAAAAUGUACCUCCGCAGAAAAUGAUUCUGACCGGGUUUUACGCCCCAUGAUCCUCACAAAACAGUUGGAGCUGGGUUCUGAUUUGUCUUCACUGGUAUCCCAACAAACCCCUCGCAAUAAUCUUGCCAAGGAGUUAGAAAAGUACAACCAAUUAGACUCUGGAAGUUUUUCUGGUUCAAAGGGAGAGGAGAGGGAACCAGCUGCUGCACCGGUUGUCAAGGUUCCCAAGCGAGAACCAGUCAGGCCAAGCAUCCUGAGGCGACCUACUUAUAAAAAAAGCGAAUCCAAACCGUCCACAUCUGAUGAAGGAAGCUCCACUUCACCCAACAUACUGAAUCGUAAGGGCGCCAGACAGCUGAGUUUUACCAGAUUGGGGGACUUAAGUGCUGAAAGUUCCAGAGAUAGUGCAGACAUAGAAUCAGUUAGUUCAGAGACAGAGGGGAAAAAUUCAUCUAACUGCCCCUACCCAGGUUGUGAUGGGUCCGGUCAUGUGACUGGAAAUUACACUUCCCACCGAAGUCUCUCUGGUUGCCCAUUGGCUGAUAGAGCCACUGUGCAAGCCAAUCAGGUUGAAAUGAAAUGCCCAACUCCAGGCUGUGAUGGUUCAGGUCAUGUGACAGGAAACUAUGCAUCACACAGAAGCUUGUCUGGAUGUCCCAGAGCUGCAAAGCUGAAAAGAGUCAUUGGGAGGGAGAGUGGAAUGGAAGAAGAGACAUUACGCUGUCCUAUUCCUGGAUGUGAUGGGACAGGUCAUGUAACUGGAAAAUACCUGUCUCAUCGCAGUGCAUCAGGAUGCCCUCUUGCCAACAAACACAAAAUACAACGACAGCUUCUUGCCAGCUUGGAUGGACAAGAUCCAGAUCUAGCAAAAUCUCUCAAAAUGGAUGGAGUUGUGUGCCCUACCCCUGGCUGUGAUGGAUCAGGUCACUCCAAUGGAAGCUUCCUAUCCCACAGGAGCCUCUCUGGGUGCCCAAGGGCAACCUCAGCCAUGAAGAAGGCUAAACUCAGUCCAGCAGAGCUCACCAACAUUCAUUGUAAACUACAAAAUGGAGAAGAUUUGGAAAAUGAUGAGGAAUUGCUUCAAAUUGAAACAGAUAUUCAGGACCUCAAGAAAACAAACACUGAUCUGGAGUCGGAAAUGAUUAAGAUGAGGUCUGAAGUGUCCUCUCUCGAAAACCAUGUACUUCAGAAGGAAAAAGAGAACAAUGAGAUAGAAGAACAAAAUAAACAUCUAGAAAACUACUUGGAUGUUCUGAAGAAAGAAUCCAUAACCCUCCUGUCAAAGCUCAACAUACCUCACUUCAACCCAGCAUUGGUCACAGAUGAAAAUCUGGAGGCCUGCAUCCAGCAAAUUCAAAAAUUAUGCUCAAGUCAGAGUGAUAAUGGAAGCAGUUAUUACAGUGCUGUUAGUAUAGGGGCAUCAGAAAUCCAAGUAGCUUGAGUGUUUAAAUGCUUAUUAUGUAAUGCCUCUUCUGUGAAAAGUGCAAUUUAUGUUAGUAGUGGUCAGUAAUCUGAAUUUUGUUGUAUCUGGAAAAUGUUUCCAUGUACAUGUUCUGUCUCAUAUUUAUUUACUCUAAUAUUUCAUUGAAUAUAUUUAUUUUAAUUUGUUGCUUGUA